CCGCCCUCUGUAAUCGUUCAGUGGGUAUCUGUCAGCUUCGCUUCUAGUGUGUAUCAGUAUCUAGUAUCUAGUAUCUAUAUCUAAUAUCCAACCACCUAUAUCUUAAGUUAGUUAACCAGUGAGAACUUCUUCGUUUGGUUUCAUUCUGUCUUCUACUGCUGUCUUCAUUCAUCAUGAAAGAAAAUGAGAUGUACCGAAUCGAAAGGCAAUUUGGUAGCCUAGAAGAGAAGACCAUAUGAACGUGUUGACCGCUGAAAAGACGGAAUGGAGGCGGCGAGGGAGGAUGAAUCUGGAGGGGAGGAGCAGAGGCGGGCCGUAGAGACCGAGAAGCUGCUGAGAGGCCUGCGAGGCUCGGCCAGUUCCCUGGUCCUGGCCUCCAGGCGGGGCUCCAUCGUUGUAUCGCCCACCAACGGGGACCUCCUCAAGUCCCCCCUCAAGGAGAAGCUCAUGAGUAAAUCCUUGCACGUCCAGUUCCACAAUGGCGGCAUCAACGGCCUCGAAAAACCGCCGCCCUCCCUCAGCUCCAGCAGCACGAGCUCCUUGGGACAGUUCUCUGAAGCCAGGUCACCCGAUGGCGGCUGGGGCUGGGUCGUCGUCCUCGCAUCCUUCCUUGUCAACCUGAUAGCUGAUGGCAUCACCUUCUCCUUCGGCAUUAUCUACAAGGACCUGGAACAGUACUAUGGAGAAGGCAAAAGUAAGACAGCGUGGAUCGGAUCGUCAUUUAUGGCGAUACCACUGUUGUCCGGACCCAUUGCCAGCUUCCUGACGGACAGAUAUGGAUGCAAGAACUGCUGCGUGGUCGGAGGGAUCUUGGCGGCCAGCGGUUUUGUCAUAUCCGCCUUUACCACCUCCUUGGGAGAAUUGCUCCUGUUCAUCGGGAUCCUGGCCGGGUUCGGGCUCUCCCUCUGCUACGUAGCUGCAGUUGUUAUCGUUGCUUAUUACUUUGACUCGAAGCGGUCAUUGGCGACUGGGCUGUCGGUGUGCGGCAGCGGUAUUGGGACCUUUGUUUUCGCUCCGGUGAUUCAGUUUUUACUGACGGAGUAUGGCCUGCGAGGUACAUGUCUCAUCCUCGCUGGCAUUUUGUUGAACCAGUGUGUGUGUGGUAUGUUGAUGAGGGACUUGGAGUGGACCAAAGCUAAAAGGCGGACUAGAAAAAAGAAAAAUAAAGCUAAUACAGGAUCUAGUAUAGAUACUUAUUCAGCGACAAGUGUACAGCAACAAACUCCUACCUCAUGCCCUAGUGUCGAUGAACUUAAAAGGCUUUUACAAAAACCAGGUGUACAAAUUCCUGAAGAGAACAAAGAGGAGGCUCAGAAGCUAUGGAGCUCCUUAGUCAACCUUCCAACAUUUGUGGCAAAUGGAGAGAGGGUACCUUUGGAAGUUCUAGAAAUGCUUACCACUAACAAGCAUCUCACAGCUGUACUUUUACAUAAUUAUCCUAGUCUUCUUAUUACUUCCAGAAGCUUAUCCGAUUCUGCCAAGAUUGCAGAAAUUUGCUCAUCAGAAAAAAAAUCUGAUAAUAGUGGAAAAGAACAGCUAUCCGGAAAAUUUUUAGCUGAAACACCACAGGAACUCACAAGCCCUACAGAAAAUUGGUGGUCAAAACACGGAUGUCAGGGCAAAAGCAUGCCAACCGCAGCAUAUCUUAAAGAUUUGAGGAUACACAGGCAUUCUCUUACAUACCGUGGUGCCAUGCUCAACAUCAAUCGCUAUAGGCUAAGAGCAUCAUCAUGCCCAGACAUUUAUAGAAACUCUAUGACAACAAUCGCCAAAGAAAAAGUUGAGUGGUAUGCAGAACUUUUAUAUCUUCUUGCAGAUAUGUUAGACUUUUCUUUCUUUGUACACCCAAAAUUCUUACUAUUUGCAAUGUCCAAUUUUCUUCUUUACACAUGGUAUGAUGUGCCAUACAUGUAUCUUGCAGAUGAUGCAAUAAAAAGAGGAUUUGGAGAAACUGGUGCUUCAAUUAUAAUUUCUGUGAUUGGCAUAUUUAAUAUGGGUGGAGAGAUUAUUCUUGGUUGGGCAGGGGACUUUCAGUGGAUUAAUGCUAACCUGGUUUAUGCUCUCUGUAUGGCUUUAUGUGGAGCUGUUGUGGCAAUGAUGCCAGUGAUCUCUUCAUAUUAUGCAUUGUGCACUCUAGCAGGUGCUUUUGGUCUAUUUAUCGCUGCAAAUUAUGCUCUUACAUCUAUUAUACUUGUCGAAUUAAUAACACUUGAGAGGUUCACUAAUGCAUAUGGCCUUCUACUUUUGGUACAAGGCAUAGCAAACUUGGUUGGACCCCCUCUUGCAGGUUGGCUGUAUGAUAUCACAGGAACCUACAAUCUGUCAUUUUACCUAGCAGGAGUGUUUGUUGCUAUAUCAGGAGUACUCCUUGUUGUUCAUCCAUGCUUUCAAUUAUUUCAAAGAUUGAAUAAACAUUCACAAGAGAAGCCAGCUAGUAAAGGACAACAAUGUAUUUGUUAAAGAUGCUGUGAACUGGCACAGAGGGAACUUUGUAUCUUUUUUUUUUUUUUUUGUUAUUUAUUUAGUUUUAAAGUUAUAUCAUAGACUGAUAUUAAAUAUCAUAUUAAAUCUUUUUAAAUAAUUUUGCUCCAUUGCUUCUUUCUCUCUCUUUUAUAGAAAGGUAAUGUCCAGC